GCUAUAGUGUGCACAACAGACGCACUUUCGUCUUACCUGUUGGCAAAACUAAAUGUUGCCAUCCAUAACUAUAGAUCUAAAACACCAACUGUAAUCGUCAGAAUGCUAACAAUUAGAAAAAAAAUAAACCCGUUUUAGUGUAUCACUCACCUGCUGGCAACGACGUGAAAUGCAACGAAAGUUAAGAUUGCUACGUCACGCUCCAAAGUAUAGUUUUCCUCGUCGACGACGCUUGUAAGUUGUAAUUACAUUAACAACAAAUUAAUACAACUAUUUCUAUGACUAACAAGAAUAAUUGGUGAUAAUGUACAUACAUACUAAAUGACUAAUGACCAACAAGCAGGACAAAAUAAGGGGUGUGUUAAGAGUGACGCGAGGUUGGGUGGAUUUCAAAAGUGUACUGCGAGUUCAAAUACUGAGUGUGUCGUUGAAAAAGUGAGCGAGUCUGACAAUCCGACUGUCCAUCUUCGACAAGCACCAGUUUAAUGGAGAAGAAUGGCCCGGGUGUGGCUGGAGACCAUCAACUCUUUACCAGGGUUUCCCCACAAUGUGCUUUCGGUGCCCAUGGAAAAUAAAUACAAAUGUCAGCAGUGUCUCCAGGUUCUCAGGAAGCCAGUCCAGGCUCAGUGUGGCCACCGCUUCUGCGUGCACUGCUUCAAGCAGCUCACCAGUUCGGGUCCAAAGCCAUGCGAGGCCUGCCGCCUGGAGAAGAUCUAUGAGGAACCCACCUCCAUCCUCAACAUCAGCGAAGCUUUUCCAGACAACGCGGCUGGUCGAGAAAUAGCGAGCCUGCCCGCACACUGUCUGAAUGCUGGUUGCAGCUGGAAAGGAUCCAUCAAAGAAUACGAGAUGCAGCAUGAAGGCUCCUGCGAGCUGGAGCGCGUGCAGUGCGAGGCCUGCCAUGCCUUCUUGUUGCGCUCGGAGAUGGAGCAACACCGUGAGAGGGAGUGCGAAGCCCGAAUGCUUAACUGCAAAUAUUGCAAAGUCUUGUGCAGCUUUAAAGACAUUAAGGCGCAUGAUGAAGUGUGCCUUAAGUUCCCCUUGCAGUGCAAAGAUUGUGGAAAAAGGAGGAUCCCCAGAGAAAAGUUCAACGAUCACCUUCGGUCCUGUACCAAAUCCAAGAGUGCCUGUCCGUUUCGCGAAGUGGGCUGCAAGUUUGUGCUGGACAAUGGCAAGUUGAGCGACCACGAGCACAGCAGCAUCAUGGAGCACCUGCGCAUGCUACUGCCAGCGGUCCUGUCAGUAGCCCGACCUGGCGCGGAGGCCCCCACCGAGUGGCAGGAGGACUCUGGUCUGGGCCUGUACAGGGCUCCUGAGGAAGGAGCCUUGUCACCCGCUGACCUCGACAAGAAGGUGGGAACCUUGGCGGACAUGUUGUGCGUUCUGAACCGCGAGGUGGAGCGCAGCACCGUGACGCUGGAGGCCUUCUCACACCAGCACCGGCUGGACCAGGAAAAACUGGAGAACCUGAACAACAAGGUGCAGCAGCUGGAGCGGGCGCUGGCUAUGCGCGACUUCCAGCUGUCCGAGACUGAGCAGCUGGUGCGUGAACUGCAGUUCUGCACCUACGACGGCGUCUUCGUCUGGAAGAUCUCGGACUUUGCGCGCCGCAGGGUUGAUGCCGUGUCGGGUCGAACGCUCGCCAUGUUCUCGCCAGCUUUCUACUCCAGCAAGUACGGCUACAAAAUGUGCCUGCGCCUGUACCUGAAUGGCGACGGCACAGGGCGAGGUACGCACCUGUCGCUCUUCUUUGUGGUCAUGCGGGGGCGCUGUGACGCACUGCUCAAAUGGCCCUUCAGCCAGAAGGUGACUCUGAUGCUGCUGGACCAGAACAACCGCGAGCACAUCAUCGACGCCUUCCGCCCGGACGUCUCUUCUACAUCCUUCCAGCGGCCGGCGGGUGAGAUGAACAUUGCCAGCGGCUGCCCGCUCUUCUGCCCGCUGGGGAAGCUGGCCGGGAAGAGUCCGUACUUGCGUGACGAUACCAUCUUCAUCAAGGCCAUCGUGGACCUGACGGGCUUGUAAGGUGAAGACUGUGGAAGUUUCCACCAAAAAGUCACAGUCACAGAUCUUAUUUGUUGUUAUACAUACAGCCAACUGAGGAAGCUGUUAUAUAUUAUAAUAUCUGGAAAUUAUUAAUAAUCAAAAUAUUAUAUUAUUUAUUAUUAUUUAUUUAUUAUUUAUAAUCAAAAUAUGUGUAAUAGAUCAUCUAUAAUUAUGCCACAAAGUAUUUGCAUAUUCACAAAACUACUUAUUGUAUUAUACAUUUAAACAUGUUAAUAACGGCAUUGACACAGACGCCCUUUGGCUUUGUUAAUUUUUUUUAACGUGUGAUAAUUUAUGGCCCUUCUCACAUGCUUUAGUUUGGAAUUUGCAGUGCACUCCCAUGGCCGCCAGGUCUGUGAGAGCGCAUCAUCCUGCUAACUUAGUCCUGAUAAAACUUAAUUUUAGGUUUUAAUGGCCAAAAUUUGUGCACGUUGAGGCAGCAUGGUGAGCGUGAAACUGCCUUUCUGGUUGUUUUUGAGGAUAUUUGGAUGAAAAUACAGCAAUGAACCUCCUUGCACUUUGCGCAGCUGUCGUGGCCACCCAAGACGCACUAAAGCACAAGCACUCGGAGGAUUGGGGUGAAAUCCCCUUGUCAGGCGAAAUGUCACUUUGGCUUUUUUAGCCCAAAAUGUGGCACUCUGAGGCGGUUUGUGGCAUUUUUUGAGCUGCAAUGCACAGAUAAACUCUGAAUGAAAAAUUGUGAACGUUUUCGAGCACCACGAGAACCUCCAGCAUGGAGACUCUAGGCGCUAAGUACUUCUCUCGCGGCAGCCCGAAGCUCACUAUUUUCAGGUACAAGGUCACGGAGAAUCGGGGUGAAAUUCACGUUCUCAGGCAAAAUGUAACUGGCGUUUUAACCCAAAAUAUGGCACUCUGAGGUGGAUUGAUUGGCAUGAAUCCUGCUGAAAUGCACAGAUAAAAUGAAUAAGUGCUGUGGAUGAAAGUGGUUUCAUUUCAUUUUUUUUUUUUUUUGUCUUUUAAUUUCAACCAAAUUUUUAUUAAAUCUACCCAAUUUUAUUGAACCAUUACGCGCAAAUUCUCAAGCAGUUCCUUGUUGUGACUUUUCUAAUUAAGAUUUUUCAGCUUGUUAUCGCCACAAGCCCACAAACUAAAAAAAAAAAAGAAUAUAGUAAAAAGCUUCAGUUUUGUACACAGUUGCCACAUGUGGAAUUCAAAACACCUGCAAAAAGGGUCUUAGGUUGGCUCAGAAGAGUUCGUACAUGGGGAAGACUGCUACGCUGUCAGGAUAUAUUAAUUUUCUGAAGACAGCUCCAGUUUCCCAGGGAGAUAGUGGAAACACACUGCAAAAAAUGCCACUUCUAAAAUGAGUAAAAAGUUAUUUGAAAUGAAAUAAGAUUUGCUUAUAACAAGUAAGAUAAUUCUGCUAAUGGAACAAGCAAUUUUUGUCUUGCUAAGACUAACUCGUUUCAAGAUCUCGUUGAACUAGUAAAAUAUAACUAGUUUCAAGAUCUCAUUCAUCCUGAAUGGAUGUCUUAUUUUAAGAAUUCUUACCAAGACAAAAAUUACUUGUUCCAUUGGCAAAAUGUUCUUGUUCUAAGCAAAUCUUAUCUCAUUUCACGUAAUUUUUUACUCGUUUUCGAAGUGCCAUUUUUUUUCCAGUGCAUCGCUCUGGCCAGACCUGAUCUUGUGGCCAGUCUAGCACAAGACCAUCCUGCUGGUGGAACUCACUGUCCCAUGGGAACAGGAGAUGGAGGCUGCCAACGAACGCAAGCGCUCCAGGUAUGCAAACUUGGCAGCAGAGUGUCGGGUGGCUGGCUGGGAAGCCCUUACAUGCCCUUACACAGGUGGGGUGUAGGGGCUUUGUGGUCUCUUCAACAGUUUGCCUGCUCCAAGACAUUGGCUACACAGGAGCAGGGAACCGGAAAGCCAUCAAGGAACUGGCAGAGGAGGCAGAGAUGGGCAGCUUCUGGCUAUGGCUAAGGAGGAGAGACAGCGGAUAGGGGCAGAACACCUAUGGCAUCAGCAGUGGGUGGCAGGUAUAGAUACCUGCUAUCGCUCUGCCACCAAGAGAUGUACUGGGGUUAAAACAGCCAAAAAUCUGUGACUUGUGGUCCCAAGAUGAUGAUCUUUCUUGCCCAAAGGUGUAGAGGGAAUCAGUUGCAUAGAGUACACUGUUAGAGGUGCGUCAGGCAGCAAUGCCCAGCAGACAUACCAACAGCCUGUAUUUUCAAAUUCUGAGUAGUAGUGUAUAUGCCUACAUACAGUAUAUAUACAAAUGUAGAGUAUAUGAAAUAAGGAUAUAUCAAAUAAAAUACAAGUAUCAGUAUAUAUUGUACCAAAAAAAAAAUAUAUAUAUAUAUAUAUAGAAAUUUGAACCCUUGAUCUCAUAACUGUGAGUGGACAUGCUAACAACUCUUUUUACUCAUGAAGCUUACUAAGUUGAGUUAUGUAAGGUAAGCACAUUGGUCAACUAAUGUGCUAAUAGGUGCUUUUAAACUUAAAAUAUAUGAUCAUUUUUGCAUUUUAAAAAAAUUGAGACUGAUCGCGAGUUAACUAUGGACAGCAUGCGAUUAAUCGCGAUUCAAAAAUUUAAUCACUUAACAGCUCGAGUGUUAUACAUUCAUUAGAGAAAUAAUAAGAGCCAAUACACGACUUCUAUUAAGGCAAGUAAUGAACAGAUUAUUAAAGGGAUAUCAUCCCUAUUUUUGCACCUCAAAACUGAUUAUUGUAUCUUUUUUCUCAAAGAUCCCAUAUUAUGAUUUAUAACUUAAAACAUUUUCAAGUCAAUUGUGAAGUUUUUUUUCUACAUAAUUCAAAAUACUUCUUCCAACUUCAAUGUUAAUAUUGAAAAAAAUAAUUUCAAAUACAUGCAUGCAUAUGUGUGUGUGCAUAGUGUGUGUGUGUCUAGUAGAGCUCCCUCGAAGGAUUUUUUGGAUAGUUGAUUACUCAUUGAUUAUUAUAUAAAUCACACAAUUUACGUUUUAUGUUACACAAAUCUGUUUAUAUUUACUUAAAAAAAAUACUUUAAAAAUCGAUUAAAAAAAAAAAACUUAACAUGUCCUUUUUUAAAUUUAGAAAAAAUACCGUAUUUUCCAGACUAUAAACUGUUUCAAGCCUUUGACUUAUACUCAUGUGCGACUUUAAGUUAAAAUAUAGAAUUUUAUAUCUUUUGAAAUGUUAUACUGGCCAAACAUGGGAUAAACAUUACCCGCAACCAGCCGCAAAAUUUUUGUGCUCGUACAGUAUUGAUCAUAUUGAUAUCCACCCAAACCAGUAUAAUGAUUAUGAUCAAUUUGGAGAGGUUUGAUUUAAUGAGUGAAGUUCUAUGUAUGUUUUCAUUUGAAUUCUUGCAUGCAUCACGUCUGGUAGGCCUCAGCAGCGCUUCCUACUGUAUUGUACUUUACGACUUACUACAGUGUAUUCCUUGUGCAUUCUCACAUGUACAGUGGUAUGAAAAAGUAUCUGAACCUUUUGUAAUUUCUCACAUUUCUGCAUAAAAUCUCCAUCAAAAGCCAUCUGAUCUCUGUCAAAAUCACACAGAUGAAAAAACUGUCUCCAUUAACUAAAACCACCCAAACAUUUAUAGGUUUUCAUAUUUUAAUGAGGAUAGUAUGCAAACAACGACAGAAGGGGAAAAAUAAGUAAGUGAACCAUCACAUUUCAUAUUUUGUGGCCCCUUCUUUGGCAGCAAUAACCUCAACCAGACGCUUCCUGUAGCUGCAGAUCAGUCUGGCACAUAAAUCAGGAUUAAUCUUGGCCCAUUCUUCUCUACAAACUGCUGUAGUUCAGUCAGAUUCCUGGGAUGUCUGGCUUGAAUCGCUGUCUGUAGGUCAUGCCACAGCAUCUCAAUGGGGUUAAAGUCUGGACUUUGACUUGGCCACUCCGGAACAUGUAUUUUGUUCUUCUGAAACCAUUCUGAAGUUGAUUUACUUCUUUGUUCUGGAUCAUUGUCUUUUUGCAGCAUUCAUCCUCUUUUUAGCUUCAACUGUCUGACAAACAGCCUCAGGUUUUCCUGCAAAACAUCCUGAUAAACAUUUGAAUUCAUUCUUCCAUUAAUGAUUGCAAGUUGUCCAGGCCCUGGGGCGGCAAAACAGCCCCAAAUCAUGAUGCUCCCUCCACCAUGCUUUCCAGUGGGGAUGAGGUGUUGAUGUUGGUGAGCUGUUCCAUUGUUCCUCCACACAUGACGUUGUGUGUUACUCCCAAACAACUCAACUUUGGUUUCAUAAGUCCACAAAAUCUUUUGCCAAAACUCCUGUGGAGUGUCCAAGUGCCUUUUUGCGAACAUUAAACGAGCACCAAUGUUUUUUUUCAGACAGCAGUGGCUUCCGCCGUGGAGUCCUCCCAUGAACACCAUUCUUGGCCAUAGUUUUACAUAUAGUUGAUGUGUGCGCAGAGAUAUUGGACUGUGCUAAUGAUUUCUGUAAGUCUUUGGCAGACACUGAAGCGUUUUCACCUCUCUGAGUAUUCUGCGCUGAACUGUUGGCGUCAUUUUGUUGGGUGGGCACUUCUUGGAAGAGAAGCAACAGUGCCAAACUCUCUCCAUUUGUGGAUAAUUUCACUGACUGUCAAUUGUUAAACAUCCAGACUUUUAGAGAUGGUUUUGUAUCCUAUCCCAGCUUUAUACAAAUCAACAGUCCUUGAUCGCAGGUCUUCAGACAGCUCUUUUGACCGAGCCAUGAUGCACAUCAGACAAUGCUGCUCAUCGAGACAAUGCUUACCAGGUGUGUGUUUUAUAGUGGGCAGGGCAGCUUUAAACCACUCAUCAGUAAUUGGGCACACACCUGUCUUAAAUUGUUUGGUAAAAAUUGGUUUCAAUUGCUCUUUAAGUCUCCUGAAGCAGAGGGUUCACUUACUUAUUUUUCCUCCUUCUGUCAUUGUUUGCAUGCUAUCUUCAUUAAAAUAUGAAAACCUAUAUACUAAAGAUGUCCCGAUCGAUCGGGUCUGAUCACGUCAUUUUCAAAGUAUCGGAAUCGGCAAAAAAAUAUCGGACAUGCCUUUUUUUAAUAUGUAUAUAUUUUUUAAUUAAAUCGUUUUCUAAUUGUAUUUGUUACAGACAAAAUGUCUUACAUUCAUCCAGAGUCUUUAGUUUUGGCUUAAAGUAGGGCUAUCACAUUUAUCGCGAAAACGGCGGUAAAUAAUUUUUAAAAAAUUAUUCAUGUUAAAAUAUUUAAUGCAAUUAACGCAUGCGCUGCACGACCCACUCACGCAUUGUCGCGCUCAAUCUAUAAUGGCGCUGUUUUACCUAUAUAUAUAGAGCUAAUAGGCAACGUAAAAUGAGUAGAGAGAAUUUUGGCAGUUUUGGAGCCUCUUUUGAAUUGGCUAAAGCCUUAAAAUCCCUCUCUCAACAAUUAGAAAUAUCGUGGGAAGCAAUGUGGGGAAGAACGGUAGUGGUUGAUCUUUUCCUUAACACCCUACAUUUCUUCCCAACGCAGAGAAUAUAUAUCAAUUGGUGCCACUAUGCACGGUCAUGGUUGCACUUCCCAUCAUGCAUUUGGGCAGAACAGUUAAAUGGCGAUAGUAUCAUUUACUGAAAGCUCAACAAAUACACUAGACGGCAAUAUUUAGUCACAAUAUACAAAGUCACAUUUAUCCUUUAAGAAUUACAAGACUUUCUAUCCAUGGAUCCCUCUCACAGAAAGAAUGUUAAUAAUGUAAAGGCCAUCUUGAGGAUUUAUUGUCAUAAUAAACAAAUACAGUACUCAUGUACUGUAUGUUGAAUGUAUAUAUUCGUCCGAGUUUUAUUCAUUUUUUUCUUAAUGCAUUGCCAAAAUGUAUAUGAUCGGGAAAAAUUAUCGGGAAUGAUUGGAAUUGAAUCGGGAGCAAAAAAAAAAAGCAAUCUGAUCGGGAAAUAUAUGGAUCGGCAGAUACUCAAACUAAAACGAUCGGGAUCGGAUCGGGAGCAAAAAAAACAUGAUCGGAACAACCCUACUAUAUACGUUUGGGUGGUUUUAGUUAAAGCAGACAGUUUUUACAUCGAUGUGAUUUUGACAAAGAUCAGAUCACAUUUGAUGGUGAUUUUAUGCAGAAAUGUGAGAAAUUCCAAAAGGUUCAGAUACUUUUUCAUACCACUGUAUUUUUAACAAUAGCUGCUGCAAAGAGUACACGUUGUUUAUUUUAAAUGGAAAUAUCAGCAGGUUUUGUAUCAGUACUGACUGUUUUUGACAAGCUUUCAGAUGUGAGAGAGUUUAAGCUAAAAAAAAUUUCUACAUACACCUAGACAGUCUUAAAUAUUCUCGGCAGGCAGGUGUAGGACGAUAUGUGGUCUGAGCAGAGAUUAAAAGAUAUACAGAACAUUUUUAGGGCUAGCUAGAUGUCCGGGAUACAAGUAAGCAAAGCCGGGAGCUAAUGUGGAGAAUGGGAAGUCAUUACAGCUAAGUAACAGGAUUAUCGAUAAAAUGAGUAUUAGCCAAAACCAUGAGUGCAUAAAUACGAAAGUUGAAGAAAGCUGAGGAAGUGGCUAUGGUUGAGCUAAAGUGCUGCAAUGUAGUAUCUUACUUAGUUAAAGGGUGCUUAUGUUAAAACUAGAGCAACGCUGUUAUUAGCAAGUAUUACAUUUGUUUGAACUGCUCUUUUGUUGCCAAAGUAAUACUAGUGGUUCACUUUAACCUUUUUAGCUAGUUGGCAACAAACAUUUUCUUCCAAAAAUUUGAUUUAUAGUCAUUCGUCUAAUGCAUUUGAGUAGUUCACUUCAUUCUCUAUUUAUAGUCGGGAAAAUACGGUGACCCAAAAAAAAAAAAAAAAAAAUAAUAAUAAUACAAAUAAUGAACAUUAAAAAAAUUAAUAAUAAAAAAAGAUAUAAAGAGAAUAUGUACAGUUUUUUUAAAAAAAUUUAUAUAAAGAGUUAAAAUGAUUAGUUUUCAAAAAUAAAAAAUUGAUAAAAAGAGAAUAUUUACAGUUUUUUUUUGUGUGUGUGUGCCAUUUUUAAAUAUAGUUUUUCAACCCUAAAAAAAAAAAAAAAACAAGUUAACAGUUUUUUUGUAUCGUUUUUUCAUUUAAAAAGGGAUGGGGGGUUUUCAAGAAAAAAAAAAUCACAGGCAAAUAUUUACUAUUAUCUCUAGCUUCCAUUGACGGUGAUAGAUGUCCAAUCAAUAUUGAAUAUUGAAAUUUAAAAAUAGUUUAUAAAAAUACUGCUUUUACUUUUUGUUUGUAUUAAAACAUUUUUAAAAAUUAAAAAAAGAAAUAGAUGAAAAUAGUUUUUAAUUCUUUUAUUUAAAGUUUUUUAAUAUUAUUUGUGUUUUUGCUUUAUUAUUAGCUUACCAUGAACAAUUACUAACCAUAGCAAAAAAAAAGUUUAAAAAAAAAAAAAAAAAAAAUUCAAGAAGUAACACAUGUAUAGAAAAUAUUGCAAUUAUUGGCUAAUGGGAUAAGAAAAUCGAUUAAUUGUUUAAAGACAAUCAAAAUAGCUAAUCGACAACUAAUUUGAUAAUUAGUUGUCGAUUAGUCGAUUCAUCGUUGCAACUCCAAUGUGUGUAGGGAUGCAAAAGUAGGCAUUGAGUACACUCAAAGAAAUGAAACAUGGUAAUACCGCAAGAAUCGUAUUUGAAUUGGUUAAACACAACUGCUUUAAGUAACUUUUGAGUUAUGUUGCUAAAUUUAUAAAAAAUCCUAUAGGCUAUAAUAGUUACUUAAAGCAGUUGUGUGUAACCACUUGAAAUAAGAUUCUUGCGCAAAUAGGCGCUUUCACACUAGCACUGUUUGGGGUGUUUUAAACGGACCACAGUUCUUUUUCGUUUAAGUGUGAAUACACAUCGGAACUCUAGUUUGGACCAAACAAGUGAACUCUGGUCCGCUCAAAAAUCGUAAAAACAGCACGCAAGCUAUUCAAAAUGUACAGUGGCAACAUGACAGACCAUGUUGUUGUACUGUGCUAAGCAGUUGCAUUUGAUAUACAGAAUCGGGUUAUACUGUGGCGGUUGUGUUUUGCAUGCUGUUGAUGAACGUACCGUGUGAGAGUGACAGUGGCCGAGACAGGCGGAGCCUCUCGAGGCGGCCGUUUCGUGAGUCCCGCUUUCCUGGAAGUGGCAAAAAGUUGAGUCCAAAAAGUCAUGAAAGUGAGAGCGAAUGCGUACCUGUGUGACUUGGGGUACCACUCGGUUCCCUUUCGUGGUUUAUUUUCCCCAAUGCAUUUUUUAUAUACACCAGUUUACUCGGCAUUGACUUGCGAGGGAGCGACCCCGCCGCUGGCCGAGCGGUGACUUGCUAUGCUAUGCCACAUUACAUGCAAUGUCACAGCGCCACGCUGUGAUGCGCCAUCCCCUCCCAGGAGGAAGCUAUUUCCUCGUCUAUUUGUCCAAUAAAUGAGUGCGCAUUUCGUCCACGUGGUAGUACCCGCAAAGUUCGGUUGGCGCAGUGUGAAUGCUGAACCUUUUCAACAAAUCAUUUCCAACCUGAUUCUGGUCCUCUUGAUCUAGUUUGAAAGCGCCCUAAGUUCAUUUUUUUGAGUGUAGGUAUGCAUGAAUAUUUUGCUGCGUGUUUUUAGGACUGAGUCUACUGUACACACACACACUAUGUAUAUGAGUAUAUUCAAACCGAUGUAAGCAAACAAAUAUUUCAGAAAAUAAUUUCCUAAUAAUUUGAAUUAUGUAGAAAUUAAAAUGACUCAACUUUGAAUUCGUUUGUGAAAUAUUAAAAGUAGGCUACAUAGUAGCCUACAUGUAAUAAAAAUGUGUACAUAUGAUGAUUAUUGCAUAGAUGGCUCGUGUAUUGUCUCUUAUUGCUUGUACACUGUUACUAACAAUUUUGUGUUCAUAUCACAGUAAUAAAAGUCAACAAUUGUCACAAUAUUAACGUAUUUGUGUUUUUUUUUUUAAUUUGUAAGUGUAUUUUAGAGCAUGUCUGUAUGAUGUGUCAUUGUUUUCCAUAAUCAUGUGAUCUGAGGUGGAAUGAACCGCAAAAUUAGACAUUCAAAUGACGAAUCAUUUUCAUAAGCUAUUAUGAAAAGGGGAACUCCUUCAGUUCCUGUGAAAAAGGUCGCCUUGUUCCUAUCUCGUGAUUUGCUUGCUCAAAAAUGACAUGUUAGACUUAACAAAAAUAUUCAGAAAUUUCCCCGGCUGCAUUGUGGGAAAUGCUGAAAUUGUUCCACUGUGUAGUUUAAAAUGGAAAAAAAUGACCCUGCCCCCACUAAUUUUAUGUAUAACAUUGUUUACAUUUUAAAAAACAUUUAAUUAUUUCUGGUCAGGCAUCUUUUUUGAAAAAUGGCAAAUUAAUAUCGCAAUCAGUUGUCAAACUUUGUCUCUAUUUACUGUGUCAUACUGCCCCUAAGUGGCCAAGAUAGGUACACCAUAAAGCGCAAACCCCAGAUAUACAGUGCCCUCCAUAAUUAUUGGCACCCUUGAAAAAGAUGU